UCGGGUCAGACAGUUGGGCGCGGCCGGCGGUGGAGCUGCGUUUUGGUGACGUGUGUCACCUAGACUGACCUGGACGACCCCAUGGUGGCUACUUGACAGCAACAUUUCCCGGAUCAAGCAAACGAGAUGGUCAAAUACCUGACGUCGUUUGCACAAAAGCACGGCCUGCUUCGUGAAGAAUGUAUCUCCAACUGCCCGUUGGUGAUUGAUGGCAUUGACCUCAUGGUAUCACUUGAGGAUAGGAAUUAUGAUGAAACAGCAGGAGGAGGCAUCUACCAAGAUUAUGCCAGGAACAUAAAAACGUUCUUCUGCGAUUUGCAAAGAUCCGGAAUUUCUCCUGUUGUGCUGCUUCAUGACGAGCUACCCGUCAGACUGGGCAUAUCACGGGUGUCCGUGGAAUUCGACUCGGAGUUCAUACAGGACUCAUACAAGGACCACGGCGUUCGACUUACUGAGGCUCUAACCAGUCAGCUGCUUUACAAGAACAUAUUUUUGCAGGUACUUCGGCGACUGGAGAUACCACACAUCGUCUGCUUGAAUGAUGCCACCGCCGAGUUCACUGCGCUGGCCCGAAAACUGGACUGUCCAAUCAUGGGAAUUCAGAAUAAGUACCUGACCCAGAACAUAGUCGCUGUCAAGGUACCCCGGAAAAGGGCCACGCUGCAGCUUCGCCACCCGCCGCCGGGACAGAAGGGGUUCUACAUGCCCUGUGAGGUGUUCCAUCCGGAAAGGUUCCUGAAGAAGUUCGACAUCUCCGUCGAGAUGCUGCCUCUCGUGUCGACGAUCCCGGGCACCGGUCCACAUCCGCCAGCCCUGUUCGACGCGUUCUUCGAGAAGCUUGAGGAGCAGUACCACUCUGUGGAGCAGAAGCAAUUCCGACGACUGGACCUGCUGAUGCGGUGGCUCUCCGACCAGGAUUCCAUUGAAACUGCCCUGAAAGAGGUGCUCUGCAGCUGCCAAAUUUCCGAGCAGAAAAAGUGGGACAUCGAAGACCAAAUUCACCGAAUCGUCAGCUGCCAAGAAAAAAGCAGUCUCGAGUUUCUCAGGGACGCCAGGACCAUGAUGCUGCCCAAAGGGAUGGUGCUGUGCGACAUAGCUGCUCCCGUGGCUCCUUCGGUCCUACCUGGCUACACUCCAAGUUCAGCCCCCACUGACCCCACUCCAGUCCCCACUGGCCCCACUUCAGCCCCCACUGACCCCACUCCAGCCCCCACUGACCCCACUCCAGCCCCCAUUGGCCCCACUCCAGCCCCCACUGACCCCACUCCAGUCCCCUCCGACUUCAGCUCCACUCCAGCCCCCACUGUCCCCACUGGCCCCACUUCAGCCCUCACUGACCCCACUCCAGCCCCCACUGACCACACUCCAGUCCUCUCCGAGUUCAGCUCCACUCCAGCCCCCACUGACCCCACUCCAGCCCCCACUGAUCCCACUCAAGCCCCCACUGACCCCAAUCAAGCCCCUUCUAUCCGACCCAUCCCUGACCACAGACCACCACUGUAUGACCCCACUCCACCCGCAGCCAAAACCCGUCCCGCCUGGGUCAAAUUUCCACAUCCGCCGGCACUGCGACAAGCGGCAGCUAGCGGUACCGUGCGCACCAGCUGUCUCAGAGCCGUGUACAAUGUGCCAAUACCAGUGUCACCGUCGGUGGAAGAUCACGGCCUUCCUUUUAGCCGCAUGGCAGCUGUGCCGCUGCAGGCGAGACUCUCGGCGCUGCUGGGAGCUCCGACCCAGCCGCUGGUGCUGCUUGGCGUCCAUAGGGGCGAGGAUCACCAGAUGCUGGCCAGCUGCACGUGGCGCGCGCCACUGCUGGAGCGCGUUCUGCUGGAAGGCGAGCAGAGCCGACUGCGAGCGGCGCUCAGCACGCUACAGCUGCGGCCGAACACGCUGGACGCGCUGCCAGAGCUGCUGCGGCUGCCGGCCGCCGCGCUGGUCGAGUGGCGGCGAGUCACGAACCCCCGCAGCGGGCGAGGUCAGGUGCGCGCCGUGCUGCUGACCCUGCUGGCGAUGACGCCGGCCGACACGCCGCCCUCGGCGCUGGGCCUGAGCGCUUCAGCGGCCACCGAGUGGCGAGCCCGAGCCUGGCCAUGGCGCUUUGCACAGCCUUCGCAAGGCCGGAUCGACUGGAAAGCGAUGCACCUUCAGAACGAGCUGCAGGACGUGUACAAAACGGUGCUGAGCGUGAACGAGGUGCUUGGCCAGCCCCUGCAGCAGCUGGAUGUGGUCGAUACGAUCCACGUGCCGAUGACGAUGCUAUUCGGCUUUGCCAGCUACGGCUACGACCCCGAACCUGAAGAAGAGGUGAUGAGCCUGGUCGACGCGGUGGCAGACACUGUCGAGGAGGAGGUCUGCUGGUGGCUGGACAACGGACGACAGGACAGCGGCAGUGCAGGUGUUCCUGCUUGGACGCCCCCACACAGUCGCCAAGGUCCCUCCAGCUCGGAGCACCCGGAUCUGGGGGCAGUCAGAGAGCUCACCGGCCUCAUCAACAAGCUGACCGGUGAGAACGCGCCGUGCCUGCUGGAGAAGAUGCGCCACGUGUCGGUACAAACCGAGUACGGACUGUACGCGCUCGUGGAUGUUGUCUUCCGAGCUGUGCUGAAGAUGCCGCGACUGAUCGACAUUUGCGCUGACGCAUGCGCAGUGCUUGACAAACUCCAGGUGAAGUCAGACCGCAGAGACGGCACGGCCGUCAGCUUCGGCGACUUCAUGCUGACCCGGCUGUCGCGUGGCCUCGCACCGGUCAACCGGAACACACUCUCGCGGGAAGACCUGCUGCAUCACCUGGAGACGGUGGAAGACCCCGCGGAGCGCCGGCGCCAGCUGCGGGAGCUGACAGACUGCUGGAGGCAGGCCGAGAGGCGGCGCUGCGUCUGCCUGCUGCUGCUGGCAGCGCUCAUUCGCCGAAACCUGGUGCAAGGCCGGGAUGCACAGAUCUGCUUUAGCGAGCUGGAGUUAGAGCUGAGGCCGAAAGGUAAAAAACUUCGCAGUGUGAAGCUGUUCGAUGACGACAACGGCCCGGAGAUGGACGCUGUGGAAGAAGCUGCCGAGGAGAUAAUCGAUUUCAUCUCACCUCCCGAAAAGUGUGAUAUGGCGCUCAUCUACUGCCUCCAAAGGGCCUACGACCGAUUCGCUAUGAAUGACUCAAUAGAGGAUUUUCUGAAGUUGAUGGUUCGUGGUGGCGAGCCUAAGGCGAAUUAUGAAGCACGAAAGACGUCUCUCGGAAGUACGAAGGAGGAUAGUGCACCUGCGGAAGGAGCUGACUUGAGUCACGAGGCUGAGGGGCAAACCGUGAGGCCGUUCAAGGGGUAGUGCUAUCCGUGAUAACGGCAGUGUGAACACACAGAAGUGCCUAAAAUAUGCAUCACUGAGGAAGUGAACACUUAGACGAUAACGCUUCCCUACAGGCGAGAGAACUUAGUACGCAGCAGCUCCCGAGGCAUUUGCUAUGAGGGUGAAGUACUGCCUUAUGUGAUGCCAUGUGGUUCUUUUAAAAUGAAGCAUGAUAUGCUGGCUUGUGAGAUAAGAUGUGAUACGAGGCAAACUGAUACUCUCUGAAGAGUAAAACAGCGAAAGUUAUUAAAAAGUUCGAGACUGAUGAAAGAUGGAACUGUGAAAAAAAUGAGAGCAGUGAAUGCUGGAGGGAGAGGAGACCUUGCGCUAUGCCAUUGCCUAAAAGAAGUUAUGAUUUGUUGUGAAGGAUGAGGAAUCAGGAAUCGUCUUCUGUCGCCUUGUUGAUGCUAGGCCAGUCAGCUGAAUUUGUCCUGGUUAUUAACACCAAUAUGUUUAAUUUGCGAAAUUUCAUUGCGAAUUAUUUAUAAGUGCGUAGUAGAUAGUACGAUGUAUACAGGAAUCCCUUUUCUAUUUCGCCUAUGUAUAUGUGAAAAUGCUGAUAGUUGUGUCGAGGGUUAUGUUCGUCUUGUUGAGAGGUACGCCCAAUGAUAUGUUUUCCACACGUC